AGCUGCAGCCCUUUUAGCGCUAAGCCACUUAAAGUCGAUGCUUUAAAGCUCCGCUCACAUCUCCGGCUAGCUACAAAGAUAGCAGCUGCCACGCGACCUCAUCAUGACUCAGCAGCGGAGUAACAUCUCGCCCUUCCUUCUCAAGCCCUUGCUCCGUGGAGGGAUCCCCAGCCGACAGCGCAGACACACACUGCCUGCCAGCGAGUUCCGAAACCUGACUCCGGAGGACGCGAUCAGCGUUUUCGAGAUCGAGAGAGAAGCAUUCGUGUCCGUGUCUGGGUUGUGCCCCCUGACGCUCGACGAGGUCCUGCACUUUCUGAGCUUGUGUCCGGAGCUGUCCCUGGGCUGGUUCGAGGAGGGUCAGCUGGUGGCGUUCAUCAUCGGCUCUGGAUGGGACAAAGAGCGCCUCUCACAGGACGCCCUGACCACUCACGUCGCAGGUACGCCCACCGUCCACAUCCACGUCCUCUCCGUGCACCGUCACUGCCGACAGCAAGGCAAAGGUUCCAUCCUGCUGUGGCGAUACCUGCAGUACCUGCGCUGCCUGCCGUGGAUGCGACGGGCCCUGUUGGUCUGCGAGGAGUUCCUGGUGCCCUUCUACCUCAAGGCUGGCUUCAAGGAGAAGGGUCCUUCGCUUAUCUCUGUGGGACAUCUCCAAUUCACCGAAAUGGAGUACAGUCUGGGCGGACGAGCCUUCGAGCGCCGUAACAGUGGCUGCUAGGAAACGGGACACACGUGAAGUCACUGCCCCGUCGCCUCAGUCUCCCCGUUCCCGAUGGCUUAUGACAGACACUUUUGACUGACCACCAAGAGUCCCUGGGCCAUGCUGGAGGUGGUGGUGGGAGCUGUGACAGCUUUCACUGGCAGCCACCAGAACAGGUGAGAGGUGACGCUAAAAUGUCACCUGCCUUUAAUGUUGGGGAAAGGCAAAGGGAGAUUUGGAAGACCCCGGCCGGCGCUGGGACAUUUUGUUUGCCUGGAACUUUACAAGCGAGGGGCCCAAGUGGCCUGCCAAGACGCGCACUUUGGGUGCGACACCCUUGUCGUUAGGAGUAUAAAGAUGGGCGACAUGCAUGGAGAGCACCAGGAAUCCCCAGUGCGCCGGGCUUGGUGUGGAUGAGCAGGGUGAAAGGACACAAAGGACCGUGAAGGGGGCUCCUCGGAUCGCCCUGUUCGACGACAACGUGAGGAGGCGUGACGUGCGCGAAUGACGCGGUGAUGGCGCGCCCUGCCGCUCUUCGUACCCGUCCAUGUAUUUUAUAAACACUGCGCCGAUUUAGUGGCCUUCUUUAUACCGACUGGAAACCCAGUAAAGUGGAUGAAAAAAAAAAGAAGCUGUGUGUCUGAAAUGACUUGAUCGGCCUGCGGUGGGACUGGG